UCUCUGUCCAAGAAAUUGGAUCGUCUAAACAGGCCUUAAGUCAACACCUACUAUGCGUAAGUAAACCAAUCGACACCUUCUUUCCUCCAUUUCACCCCCCAUUAGAAACGUGCUCUCGCUUGUUACCAUAGCAGCAGACAGCCCCAGACUUUCAGCCUGGAGGAGUUCUCCUCAAAGCCGCACUAUAUUCAACUAGUUUGAAAUGGUAAAUGGCGUUUGUUAUUUCUCUAGUAAUAUUCAUAUUAUUUCAUAUACAUAUUUUAUUUAUUUAUUUCUACGUAGCCUAAAUCCUAAGCUUUAUUCGGUUCAAGUGGGAGAACUCCAAAUCGGUGAAACGAUUCCCUAUUACGAAGUUGAAGAAGUGAAGACUCACGAGGACUAUAGGCCCCGAUACGAUUACGAUGACAUCGCUAUCAUGAGACUAGCACAGCCUCUGCCAUCCGAUAUCGUACCAGCUUGUCUACCAACCUUAGACGGCAUCAUUGCAGGCGACAAUGUCACUAUUUUAGGAUGGGGAGAUCUGUCUUUUGGAGGUCCAAGUUCGAGCAUACUGCAGGAGGUUCAAGACAUACCCGUUGUGGGCAACAGUGAAUGCGAUGCAAAGUUCCGGAAAAUCGCUAAAGCUCGCUUUCCGAGAGGUAUCUGGAAUAAGUUUGUGUGCGCAGGUUUGGAAAAGGGUGGAAAAGAUGCCUGCCAGGUAAGUCAGAGAAGACUGUGACGUUAAAAAUGCAAA